CUCGACUUUGGCGUUAUUCUCCCACAUUGAUGGAACAGAAAAAUAUCGAAGACGUGAUGACGACAUUGUUCUACGUAGGCUGAGUGCUCAAGCUCGGGUAUUUUCCCCGCUCGCUCAGAGAGAGAGAGAUCUCAUCACCGUUUGCCACGCAGCGCACGCGGGCACCAGCAUCAGCAUCAGCGGUGGACGCGCAGCACUGGAUGAUCCCGCGCAUCGUAAAUACAUCCUGGAUCCUAUCCACUACACAUUUGAGUGUCAUUGCACAGAAAUUACAGGCACAGGUUUACCAAAACUGUGGGACGGGGGAAUGAUAAACCCCGGAUCCCCCGGGCCGUUGUACUGUUCGUAAGGAUGCGAUCACUGAGCCGACCGUGGGCCUCGCUACUCACCGAGGCUUUCCUCAUCACAACAGUCGCCGUCAGCGCUGCAAUGGCAGUUGUGGGACAUUGUCCUCGGAGUCUGGACUGUGCCCGGGAGCGGCGGCACUUCUGCCAGCCUGGCUCUUCACACUGCGGCCCAUGCCUAGACCCAUUCAUGGAGAACAAACGAGGGAAGUGUGUGGUCAGGAGAAGAAAUCACUCUGCCAAGGUCAACCAUCUCCCAGAGCUGGAUGAAGAGAUAGACAUUCUGUCCUCCAUCAUCAGCAGACACAGAGAAUCAGAGAUGAAGCACUUAGCCCCCUCUUCAGCGGCUCCCAUAGUCCCUGAAGAUUCCUGGCCAAGUAGUCAGCACAGAGCAGAAGCAACUUCUACCGCUGCUACAUCAGAACAGCCUCUGACAAGUGUCCUGACCACUGCCUCCUCUACCACCAGCCCACCCUCACACACUCCUGUGCACAGCGCCCCCUUUAUCAUCCCGUACCCCUCCGAGGACCACUCCUUCAUCAUAUUUUUGAGUGUGUUUCUCAUGGUGGGCUCAGUGGCUAUGGUCUUGACUGGAGUGUGUUGGGUCAGGAUGCAGAGAGGCAAUCGUCUGGCCCAGAAGGUCGACUAUCCUGCUUUUGGGUUGAUAGGUCCAAAUUCUUAUGAUAGUGGCACGACUGGAGAUAAAAUACUUGCCCAGAGUGCCCAGAUGUACCACUUUCAGCUUCAGAAGCAGCAAAUGAUGUCACUCAAACAACGGAGUGAUUCCAAGAUUCCAGAGUCGGGAGCCACUUCGGAUGAGGAAAAUGAAGAUGGAGACUUCACUGUGUAUGAGUGCCCUGGACUUGCCCCAACCGGGGAAAUGGAAGUGAAGAAUCCACUGUUCGAUGACUCCACCUUUCAUCUUCACCUGCAGAAGAGUUACAACUAAACGCGAGAACUCAGAGCACAAACACGCAUGAAUUCACAAUUGUGUGCUUUCCUCAUCUGAUCCAUUCCGGCAAGGUCAUUUGCUCUUGCAUCGUGGUUCGUAUGGACAUUUGAGUGGAGUUUUUUUGUGUGUGUGUGUGUGUGUGUGUGUGUGCCUCUAUCCGUGAGCGAGCUGAAACAGAAUGCAACACUAUCAGAAAUAAUUUGCUUUGUUAAAUUGAUUCACACGUACACAAGCAUCCUUUCUAACGACCAGCCCCUUCGGACCAGGACACUGCGCUCUAGUACCUUUCAGUGUAAUGGCAGAUGUGUAAAACAUUGCAUGGGAUUUCUGACAAAGAGUUGCACCCAUCCUAUAUAAUCAUGCACUUUUCAUGUCUCUUUCCUUAAGACUUCUAGACCUGCUGUUUGAUAGUAAUGUCCGCUAUAAAUACGAGGGACUGUGCGUCUUCUGUGCUCUCAAAAAGCUUGAACGUGUUCUUGAUACCAGCUCAAGACUCAUUUAAUAUCAGGUCAUUGCUGAGUUCUGUUAUGACGUCUUCUGUAGUAUAUUGUGAAUACUGUGCAAUUGAAAGGAAUCUUGUUGAUAGAAUUACUUGUUUGAACAUAUCUUGCCUGCAAAAACACUAGUCAUAUUUAGAAUGGACGUGGAAGAUGAAGCCCAUUGAGCAACGUUAAUUAUACAGUUAGCAUAUUUUAUGUUUUCUUCUACCAAAUUUGUCUGUGACUGUAUUUUUUAAAAUACCAAUGGUGAUUUUACUAUUUUUUUAUAAUUGUGCUCACAAGUUUAACCCUAAAUGAUAUUAUGUAGCCUCUGUAUAAUCAGAAUGGUCCUACUAUGCAUGAUUUGAAGCUGUAUAAUAGUAAAGGAAGUCAGUGUGCAUUUCUGGUUCAUUUAUGGAACAAAAACACAUAUGAAAUUGGAUUUUUUUAAAUCAAACCCAGCCAAAAAUUGAUUUGAUUUGCAGCGUAACACACUGUAUAUAGCUGCUAUUGUGUACAGGCAAGGAUUCUCUGAUCUAAAUCACUAACGGUGACGUGAUAUAGUUUGAUUCUAGAGCGUGUCGCUCGCUGUUGUUUCUCAGGAAACCUGCCAACAGUAGCCAGUCUCUGUACAGAAUUUUCUGUAAUUUCUGCAGGGGAUCCCUUCAGGUUCCUCUAGAUCUUGUACCUAGCCAAAAACUGCGGCAGUGUCAUCAGUCUAUCAAUGUUGCAUUGAAGUAAAGCGAAGCCACUUGAAAUUAGAAAUGCUUUAGGUCUAGUGCCUGCUCUAACAACUGUCUGUUCUAUUAGACAGUCAUUGUGGGGAUGCUUGGAACUUUGAAAUGACCUACAAUAAAAAAAUAAAAAAUAAAAACAUUGAUCCACUGAAACUUUUUCAGCUACUGAGAUGCCUGACAUGCAUGUAAAGAUGGAAUAUAUAAAGAGGAAAUAAAUAUUUAUAUCAGCUCAAA